UCAGUGUCAAAGUCAAAACAGUUUUUUCCUGAAAGAAAAUACUGAUUUUCUUCGGAGUUUCAGCUUAUUUUUAAUUCAGGUUCAAUAAAAUUUAUUGUAUGCAGACUGGUCGUCAAGGCUAGACGUUAUUCGGACGGUUCUAUUUUACCUUGUGAUUUCAGUAUUAUACUUAAAGUCAAUAAACUUUUGUUUUACAUAUAAUUUAUUCGCCAAACAAAAUGAAAUGGACCAUACAUAUUGAGGGAGGGCCAAGGCGAGUUAAUCAUGCGGCAGUGUGUAUUGAUGACAAGAUAUACUCUUUUGGUGGAUACUGCUCCACCGAGGAGUAUAAGGAUUGGGACCCUAUUCCAGUGCAUGUCUUGGACACAAAUACAUUGAGAUGGUCAGCUGUUGCUUACAAAGAUAAUGAAGUAAAGCCCUUCCAAAGAUAUGGACACACAACUGUUGCUUACAAAAAUAUUGUUUACAUGUGGGGAGGAAGAAACAACGCAGUGGCAUGUGUGACACUGUCCAGCUUUGAUGUCAAAACAUUAGAAUGGAACAUCCCUGAUGUCACCGGAAUGGUCCCCUACGCCAAAGAUGGCCACUCAGCAUGUGUUAUAAAGAAUAAAAUGUACAUUUUCGGUGGAUUUGAAUAUCUCUCUGAUCAAUACUCACAAGAAGUCCACUGUUUGGAUUUAGACACAAUGGUUUGGACUCUAGUCAGCGCAAAAGGGACCCCUCCUUCGCAUAGAGAUUUCCACACAGCAGUGGCAUUGGGAGAGAGAAUGUAUGUGUUUGGAGGCCGCGGUGAUCUCAACAGUCCGUAUGAUUCCCAUGAGGAGCUGUAUUGCCCGCAGGUGCACUACCUGGACACAGUCAAAGAGGAAUGGGUGGCGCUGACCCCCAGGGGAACAUGGCCUGAAGGCAGACGCAGUCAUUCUGCCUGGGUUCGUGAUGGCUACAUGUACAUAUUUGGAGGGUUCAAUGGCAAUAGCAAGAACCAUUUCAAUGAUCUCUAUAGAUACUCCGCUAAGGAUAACUCCUGGGAGUACAUUGAAGUCAAGGGUCUGGUUCCCUGCAAGAGACGCAGGCAGGCUUGCAUUCUGUAUGAAGAUAAAGUGUACCUGUUUGGAGGCACUAGCCCCGGCGGUCGCCAGGUAGUAUCUGACGAAAAUCAAGAAAGACUUAUUGACAAUAGCGACCUACACGUCCUAGAUUACUCCCCGAGUCUGAAAACAUUGUGUAUUCUCUCAGUACUAGAAAACAACCUUGAUCAGACCUGCCUACCUCGCGAUAUUAUCCUUGAUAUUCGCACAAUGACGCAGCCAAACCGCAUCAGCAGAACUAUCAACCAAGCGGGUUAAUAAUCUUGAAGGACAGUAAGCACCAUUUAAUAAUGGGAUAUACCUAGCAUGUAAAAGUUUAAUUCUUUUUAAGUUUAUUCUUACAAUUUGUAGUAUUUUUAUUUAUAGUGAUGUUAAUUAACAUUAUAACUAGUAUAAGAACUCAGAUUACAAUAUAUUCAAGUCAUUAUAUUAACUACUCUUUGAAUUGUUAAAUUAGCACUUAAUGUACAACUUGUAUCAAAUUAAAUAUUUCAUGUGCUAUAAAGCAA